UAGCCCGCCGCCGUUGACGCCGUCGUCGACGUCGUCGUGUCCGUGGUCGCGACAGUGGUGAUAUAGAGCGGCGCAGCGGGGGAGCCAUGACUACGCGUGGAGAAUGGGCUCGAUCGCGUCGGUGCUGCAGUGGCAUUGCUCGGAGUGCGCCCUGAUAAAUCCGACGGAGAGUGCGAGAUGCGCCAGGUGCGGGCUGACGCGACUCAGGAGCGACGAGAGGGCCAGCCUCGAUCGCAGGCAGGACCAUGCCACGAGCGUAACCGCGGCGGAGCAUAGCGGCAACGCGAGUCAGGGGGGAGGAAAAGAGGCGCACGCGGGGGAUCGCGCGGGACGCUCGACGAGGAGACGCGAGGACGAAGAGUGUCCCGCGAGGAGGGAGACCUCCUCCGGGGAAUCGACGCCGCCGACGCCACCGCCGAGGGCAGACCGAUUGGUAGCGCGUAAUUUGACAGAGACGCUAUCCGUUGACCAGUCCCGACCCAUCAUCGUUUCUCAAGGUUUUGAGAGACACUUGUCUGCAGCUGACAUAAGGAAGAAUUCUCAUUGUUGUUCGUUGAGUGGUAACUCAUCCGAUAGGAAACCGCUGAAGCGUUUUUCAUCCUUACCUUCUUUAGCCACACAGUGGACUUGUAUUCGAUGUCUAUUGGACAAUAAUUGCAGCUCAUUGAUCUGCGCGGCUUGCGAUGCUAGUGCGUCAAUAGCUCAAAACGACGGAAAGCAGAUUGGCGCACGCAAGAGUAAAAAGAUUAAUCUACAUAAAGAGAAUCGUCUUAAAAUCACAUCUGGACUUUUGGCCAAUGUCCUAGAUGGGAGUGUUAGCAAGAGUGGCUCCGGUAACAAUGUUAAAAUUAAUAAUACAGGGAUGGCACAGUUGACAAGCAUAAGUCGAAGCGACAGAGGAAGAGGGCACCAUAAAGAUUGGAUCUUGCCGUCAAUUGGAACAAUGGAGUCUACUACGCUUCCGUUCACAGAUAAUAGCGAUACCUCUCAACGUUCUCCAAAACGACAUAGUCCUUCUAUGUAUGAGCGGGUUAAGUCUAAAGUCAGUCGUUCGCUGUCGAACGGUUCUGUUGUUCAAAAAUUAUCGGAACACAUGGUACAACGACCUACGAGCCUAGUGGUACCGGAAGCACGCCAGGAUGAUGGUUUAUGGAGCUGUGACAAUUGCACCCUGGACAAUGCGCCCGGUUUGGAGCAAUGCGAGGCGUGCGACGCUCCUAGGAGUCCUGCGCCUUGCAGCGGAGUGGUUAUCAGUGUGCCGGCUUGGGUGCCACGCGCAUUAUCGUCUGCCGGGCCCCUGUCUUACAGGAGAUCCUUCUCGGAUGCCGACUCGGUCACGAAUGUGACGCAGAAGAAGACUGUUAACCGUAGAAGUUUGAACGACGAGGAACCGCCCGCCGUGCCGCCUCAUUCCAUUGGCUUCAACUCGAGACCAAAGUAUUCCUACAUCGGGAUUACGGAUCCCGACAUACCGCCCCCAUUGCCAAAGAAACAGAGCAGUAAGUUAGGCCUGGUACCGACGAAGGCGCAUAGCGAGGCAACCAGUCCGGUGGGAGAAGUAUCGAACGUGAGCCCGUUAAAGCGCAUGUGGACCUGCAGAAAAUGUUCUUAUGCGUAUAACCCGCUGUGGUCCAGUGGUUGCGAUAUUUGCGGUUCGUCUAGAUCACCCCCGUCGUUAACGCAGCCUAGUUUGAUAACUGUCACAAAGGACACGAGUAGCUAUCCGACGCAUGCACAAUCUCCGAUCGUGGUAUCAAGGGAUAGCGUAAGAUACAUACCACCGAAAGCGGCCACUCUGGCUACGGCGGAAUCCGAUCUGGAUGAUCAAAUCGAUCCACCGUCACCGGUGUGGACGUGCAAAAAGUGCACUCUAUUGAACGCCGCGUCGAGAACAACGUGUGAGGCUUGCUGUGGUUCAAAGCUGAAAAGCAUUAUGCAUUUAGAAGAUGCCACUCUACGAAAGGGCGAGAGUUGGGUGUGCCCUUCGUGCACGUUGAGGAAUCCACUUUCUGCGCAAAACUGCAACGCCUGCAAGACGUUAGCAGACUUUCUAGAGGUCCCGAAAGACAAUAGAGCUUUUGGCCAACGGAGUCCAAGCCCGAGACUCUGUUCAACCCCGACGAAUUCCAAAGCGGUUACUCCGAGACAUAGAAAUUCUGUAAGAAGAAACGGUUCGUCAGCAGCUGGUGAUAAAAGGCACUCGAGGACUAGAGAUCCUUCAUAUAUUCAAUGGCAAUGUAAACUGUGCACAUAUGAAAACAAGAGUACAACUGCUAUUUGCGAAAUGUGCCAAAGCUCGAAGUCGUUAUCCCAAGUAUCUGGAGAUAGAGGGAUACCUAGGCUUCUCGAGUCGGGCACUAGUACUCUUAGAAUACAGAGGCAAGAGAGUGUAGUGAUGGAAAAUCUUAGACAGUUGGAGGAAAGAGACGCGCUGGAGAAGUGGGAGCGUAUUGUACGAUAUUGCAAGGAGACAAACGAACCAUUCGUCGAUGAUUCGUUCCCGCCUGCUCCGAAAUCCCUGUACUAUAAUCCCACGGAUACGAAAGAUAAUCACGUCGUUCAGUGGAGAAGACCACAUCAAAUUAACGUGGAUUCAAGUGUCGAUUCUAAACUGCCUUGGGCUGUCUUUAGGACACCCUUACCUUCUGAUAUCUCGCAAGGUGUCUUAGGAAAUUGUUGGUUAUUGUCGGCUUUGGCUGUUUUGGCCGAGAGUGACGAGCUCGUGAGAAGAGUUUUGGUCAUGAAAGAGACAUGUCCCGAAGGUGCUUACCAAGUUAGAUUAUGUAAAGAUGGAAAAUGGACGACGGUACUCGUUGAUGAUCUAUUACCCUGUGAUAAGAGAGGCCACUUAGUGUACUCUCAGGCAAAAAGAAAACAGCUUUGGGUACCGCUAAUUGAAAAAGCAGUUGCUAAAAUACAUGGCUGUUACGAGGCCUUAGUAUCCGGCCGUGCUAUAGAAGGUCUAGCGACAUUAACUGGUGCCCCGUGUGAGAGCGUGCCUUUACAACCUUCAGCAUUGCCAAGCGAAGACGAACUCGAUAGGGACCUAAUAUGGGCACAACUCUUGUCCUCGAGGCAGGCUAUGUUUUUAAUGGGUGCUAGUUGUGGAGGCGGUAAUAUGAAAGUUGACGAGGAGGAAUAUCAGCGCAAAGGAUUAAGGCCAAGACAUGCAUAUUCUGUCCUCGAUGUCCGUGAUGUACAAGGAAUACGGUUAUUACGACUACGCAAUCCUUGGGGUCAUUAUAGUUGGAAAGGGGAUUGGUCAGACGACAGCCCUAUAUGGACUCCGCAAUUACGAGAGAUGCUUAUGCCGCACGGUGCUUCAGAUGGCGUCUUUUGGAUAUCCUUUGACGACGUUUUAAAAUAUUUCGAUUGCAUUGACAUCUGUAAGACGAGAGUCGGAUGGAGUGAAGUGAGAUUGCGCGGCACUCUCCCUCCGUUGUCGUCCCUCAGACAUUUAUCGUGCGUCCUUUUGACGGUAUUAGAACCCACCGAAACGGAAUUUACACUGUUCCAAGAGGGUCAAAGAAAUUCAGAAAAAUCGCAGCGAUCUCAAUUGGACUUAUGCGUGGUAGUUUUUCGCACGAGAUCUCCGGCUGCUCCGGAAGUUGGUAGAUUAGUGGAACAUAGCAAACGGCAAGUACGCGGUUUUGUCGGCUGUCACAAGAUGUUGGAGAGAGAUUUGUAUAUCGUUGUAUGCCUAGCCUUUAAUCAUUGGCACACCGGAAUGGAAGAUACAUCUAGUUAUCCGGAAUACGUUCUCGCUAUACACAGCUCAAAGAGACUUCUCGUUGAGCAAAUAUCACCACCUGCUUUUGUUUUAGCCGAUGCUAUCAUAAGUCUAACAUUGGCUAAAGGACAACGGCACGAAGGCAGAGAAGGCAUGACUGCAUAUUAUUUAACUAAAGGAUGGGCCGGAUUAGUGGUAAUGGUUGAAAAUCGUCAUGUAAAUAAGUGGAUUCAUGUAAAAUGCGACUGCCAUGAAAGCUAUAACGUCGUGUCCACGAGAGGACAACUCAGAACUGCCGAUAGUGUUCCUCCCCUUCACAGACAAGUUAUCAUAGUUCUAACACAGUUGGAAGGUAGCGGAGGUUUCUCAAUAGCACAUCGACUUACGCACAGAUUAGCUAACAGUGGAAAUUUGCACGAUUGGGGACCGCCUGAUACACAACAUUGUCCUCAAAUCGAUACUCAGGUAGAAGGUUUGCACAGUCCUCGCUUAAUAACGUGAAGAAAGGAACACAAAACGAACAGAGGCCGUUACUUGAGGAAAAGAUCGCUGAUUGUAAUCGGCAACGAUUCUCGUAUGCGUGACGUCGAGAUAUUGACUGGAAAGAAACCAAAGCAAGCUAGAAACGUUUCAGCGUACUAUAAAACGUUUUGAAGAACAUUAGAGAGUAUUCUUUGUGCUUUCUAGCCGAUGAUAUUCCCACGGAUGCUCUUAGCGUUACAACAUGCUCAGCAUUCGACGUAAUACAAUAAAUAACAAUUAACGUACAAUGGUUCUGGACCCAGUGAAAAGUACUUUUUUUCGAGUAAAUAGUGAAUCAUGCAUUUCGCGCGCGCUAAUGGGAGAAAGAACGAACCUAAAAUAAAAAAAAAAAUAAAAUAAAACUUACGUGGGAAUUAAGUGUUUCUGCUGGAACCAUUGAGCCCCGUAAAGAAGACUUAUGGAAAAUUGAAUAUUUAUGAAGAAAAGAGUUGAACAUUUUGCUUGUUAUAUAAACAAAAAAAAAUUAUUUUCUCAACUUAACAUUUAAGCAUUGUAAGAGAAAUGACAAAACCUAAAAGAUUACAUAAUAAUAUAAUUUAAAAUGGAACCAUUAAGAGACACUAAAAGAAAAAAAAAAAAAUGUAUGUGGAAGACCGUACACAUUGUUUUUGGAAUUGCUUAGAAUGUAGUACGAUUACGUGGAUCGUGAUAUUUCCAAUUUAACCGAUGUUUACAUACCGAUCCUUGCUAUAAGGCCGUAUUUGAAACCCGCAUUUAAGGAAACUUGGAUUCUUAGUUCUAUUUAAUGUAUGCACGAUAUAAAAAAAAGAGGCUGAAAUCUCGCACGAGAAUAUCGACUGUAGGAUAGAAUAUUGAUUUAGAAUUUGUUGUUUCCAUCUUGCAAUCGAAUGGAGAGCUUGUGCUAAAACGGAUGUAGCGUAGCUACGGAAAAAAAGAGAGUACCAGAGACAUCUCUCUUAAAACUUUUAAAAGUAUCUCGACGCGUUCACUGCCAUUCUAUGCAAUGUAUGUAUAAAGCCUACUUUCGCUUUUAUUGUAAAAUCGCUUACUUAGUUGGAAGCAAAAUUAGCGAAUUGUCGCUAAUACUCUUUGCACACUAAUUACAUUCUUUUGUCUCAGAAAAUAUGUUGUAAGAUACAUGCGCGAGCAUGGCAGUCAGCGGGUUAGACGUCAUUAGUCCUGCUUUUAUAUAAUUUUCAAAAAGAAAUUUUUGAAAUGUUUUUUGUCAUUUGUCCAUCCAGUUAAUAUCGAGGUCGAUAUGACAUCAGUUCUUUGUGGAAAACUUGAUAAUUCCGUUUUAAUGUCAAACUGCCAUAUUCUAUGUUUUUAGACAAUGAUCAAUUAACACGCGUGACACUCUUGUAAAGAAACUAUAUCGAAUCAAAAAAUUGGCGCUCUCUAUAUACAUUGAAUGUGGUGAUGCGACAAUACGCGAUUCUGUGAUCAGCCACUGAUCUGAUUCAACAUUGAUCCAAAUCGGAAAGUUUAUAUUAAGAUAUCUUUUAUUUAACAGACUGAUAUUAUAUACA